UUUUGAAUUUCAAAUUUGAAUGUGUAGGUGCCCACAAACAAACGGCCACAUACAUAAAACAAAGUAGAAUAUAGUAUUUCCAAUAGUAAUAGUAAUGGUAAUACUAACAAGGAGAAAUCAUAAUAAUAAUUGUGGUAAAGUUUGGAUCUUUUGAGGUUUCCUCGUUGCAGUGAAACAUGGGGGACUCAACUUGUCUCAUGCAACAACCAUUCUGUUAUGCUUCCGGCAUUUCCAAUGAAGCCAACGAGAACAACCCUAUUCAUGCACUUGGGCAAUCAAUUUCGUUUGGGAGGUUCAUGUCAGAGUCCCUGGCAUGGGAGAAGUGGUCCAGCUUCUCCCACAACCGCUACGUAGAAGAGGCAGAGAGGUACUCAAGACCCGGUUCAGUUGCACAGAAGAAGGCUUUCUUUGAAGCUCACUACAAGAAACUUGCUGCUCAGAAGGCAGCUGCACUGCUUGAACAAGCAAACAAUGAGGCACAGAAAAAUGCCACAGGACAAGAAGAUGAGGGAGUAAUUGACAAUGACAAUGACACUCAUAAUUCACAAAUAAGUCCAAAUUCUGAAAUGGUUGUCAAGGAAGAACAAGAUGCAAAGGUUUUAAGUGUUACCUCUGAGCAAGAUGCUGUCGUCAGACUCACAGUCAGUGAGCAUGAUGUAAGUGUUACACCUGAAAGUGCCAAGGUAGAGGGAGCUGAGGCAGUGAUGGAAAAAGUAGCUGUUGUGGGAAGUUCAAUGAAGGUUGAAUUGCAAAACCAGGUUGAAGAUGUUGAUGCACAAAUGGAGGAAAGUGAAAAGCUUAGUGCAAUUGUAACACCUCCAAUUUUGACACCAAUAGUGAAGGUAUCCAAAUCUGAACAGGAAGUUUUGGCAAGUGUGGGCAUGAAGAAACCACCCGUUUCUUCCUUUAAGUUGUCAAAGUUUAAUGGAACCUCCAAGUUAACCACUACACCUGUUAAGUCCACAGCAACUAUUUCUUUCAAAAGAGAUAACAUUGCUACCCCAAUUAGCAACAAACCUGCUAAUGGAACCUCCAAGUUCACCACUGCACCUAUUAAGUCCACAGCUGCUAUUUCUUUCAAAAGAGAUAAUAUUGCUACACCAAUGAGCAAUAAACUUGCUAACGGAACCUCCAAGUUCACUACUACACCUGUUCAGUCCACAGCUGCUAUUUCAUUCGAAAGGGAUAAUAUUGUUACUCCAAUGAGAAAUAAGCCUGCUAUAUUAAGCACUGCAGAUAAAAAGAGAUCUACUCCUAGAUCAGUUAAUUUUACACCCAUUAGAGAACUUAAUAGAUUGACUGCUUCAGUCAUGAGGAAAUUUGAAAGUACAAGAGCUGGUGCUGGUUCUUCCAAGGCUUCAAAGGAUAGCUUGACUCCUCUAAGAACUCCAACUAUGGCUUCCAAGGAGAUGCAAAAGCAAUCUUCAUUGACCCCAUUAACUGAAAAGAAAAGGAACAAAACGCCUCUUGAUCUAUCAUCAGCACCAGGAAACCAUACGGGUGGUUCUAAAUGGCGCUUGCUUUCUGGAGAAAAUAGAAUGAGAUCCCCACUUAUAUCAUCCCCUUUCAGCUUGAGGACAGAAGAAAGGGCUGCAAGAAGAAAGAAGAAACUUGAAGAAAAGUUCAAUGCUAAUGAAGCACAAAAAGUGCAGCUGCAUACCAAACUCAAGGAGAAAACUGAGACCGAGAUUAUUAGAAAACUACGCCAAAGCUUUUGCUUCAAAGCCAGGCCACUGCCUGAUUUUUACAAGGAAAGGAAAACAUCAACGAAUGAGACAAAAAAGGAUCCACUGACACAUUUUGAAACACCUAAAGACGGAAGGAAAUCCACCCCUAGUAUGGCGGCAGACAGCAAGACUUCUUUUCCUCCCAACAGACCUGUAUUGAAAAACAGUGGCACGAAGCAUUUUCAGGGAAAGAGUGGUCGCACCUUGUCUCAUCCUCUAACUUCAACUUCCACGAUUAUUCCAACUCAUGAGAAUACGUCACCAAAUAUUCAGAAUGGAUACCAUACUGGUAGAAACUUCAAAUAUCAACCAUGUUGAGAGCAAAACAUCACUUGACAAAUUGAUUCUACUAGCAGCGGAAAGAUCAGUGUAAACUUGUAAAUGUAGCUUCAUGGAGAUGGGAUUGUAUUGUAUCACACUAGUUAGACCCAAUGAUCAUAAGUAUGACCCUUGUUGUAUUCCAGGUAUAUAGCAACAUUGGUCAUUAGUGUGGCCUUCUGACACGUUAUUCCUUUUUUUUUUUUUUUCUAUUUCCACCCUCACCAUCUCUCUUUCUGUGCCCCCCCUCUUGUUCAAAUAUCUUUACCAUGUAUAACCAAUAUUGAGCGAUUCGUUAUUUCAAAA